UGGCACCGCGCGCAGGCGCUGCCCUCUGAACUGGAACGGAAAACAACUUCCGGUUGGAGUCACUCGGCCAGGCGCCGCGGACACGAAGCGUAAGCGAUUGGCGCGGAAUCCCCAAACUGUUGUUGCACAGUUCUCUCUGCUUUCCUGUGGGGUGUCAUCAUAGCCUUGUCGAUGAGAAGUUGGGUAACUUCCCCGAGGGUCACGGAGGUAAUGGGUGGCCGAGGCGGAAAGAGCAAAAGCAAACCCUGCCCCUAGUGGGAACCCAGGCAGUAGACGUGUCAUUUACUCCAUCCAUUAUAGUGAUGCUACAGGACGGAGAGGAAUGGAUAAAAACAUUGGUGAACAACUCAAUAAAGCUUAUGAAGCCUUUCGACAGGCAUGCAUGGAUAGAGAUUCUGCAGUAAAGGAACUACAGCUAAAGACUGAGAACUAUGAGCUGAGAAUACGUGAGCAACAGAAACAGCUGUCACUUCAACAAACUAUUAUUGACAGGCUAAAAUCACAGUUACUUCUUGUAAAUUCCAGUCGAGAUAAUGGUUAUGGCUCUGUUCCCCUGCUUGAAGACAGUGAAGCAAGGAAGAAUAAUUUGACUCUUGAUCAGCCACAUGAUAAAGUAAAAUUGGGAAUACCAAGAGAAAAAGAAUCAAAGGAAAGAAGACAAGAGAUUUCUUCUCCUAGAAAAGAAACUUCGCCAGGGAGUCUUGGCAUUCCUUUAUUCCAUGAAAGCAGUUAUAUAGAGAAGACUUUCUGGGAUCUGAAAGAAGAAUUUCAUAGAAUACGCAUGCUAGCAAAAGCACAAAAAGACCACUUAAGCAAACUUAAUGUACCAGCCACUGCAAAUGAAACACAAUGCUCGAUGCCUAUACAGUGUACAGAUAAAACAGAUAAACAAGAAGCGCUUUUUAAGCCUCAGGCUGAAGAUGAUAUAAAUAGAGGUGCACCAUGCAUCACAUCUGUCACACCAAGAGGACUGGGCCGAGAUGAGGAAGACACCUCUAUUGAAUCACUUUCUAAAUUUAAUGUCAAGUUUCCACCGAUGGACAGUGACUCUACUUUCUUGCAUAGCACUCCAGAAAGACCCAAUGUUCUUGGUCCUGCCACAUCUGAGGCUGUGUGCCAGGAUAAAUUUAAUAUGGAACUUAGAGACAACCCAGGAAACUUUGUUAAAACAGAAGAAACUUUAUUUGAAAUUCAGGGAAUUGACCUCAUAGCUUCAGCAAUACAAAACCUUAAAACAACUGACAAAACAAAACCUUCAAAUCUUGUAAACACUUCUAUCGGGACAGCUCUGGAUAGAGCUCCGUGUUUGCCACCUGGAGACCAUAAUGCAUUAUAUGGAAAUACAUUCCCACUUCAGGACCUAUCUGAUGCACUUUUUCCUUCUCUUGAUUCCCCAGGAAAAGCUAUCCGAGGACCACAGCAGCCGGUUUGGAAGCCCUGUCCUAAUCAAGACAAUGACUUAUUGGUACUAAGUGGCACAGGCUCAGAACUGCAUAUACCUCGAGUAUGUGAAUUCUGUCAAGCAGUUUUCCCACCUUCCAUUACAUCCAGGGGGGAUUUCCUUCGGCAUCUUAAUUCACACUUUAAUGGGGAGACUUAAGAAGCAUUUGAAAACAGACAUACCAAGCUCUGUGUGACGAUUUUGGGUUUGUAAUACUAUAAACACUUGAUUACAAACUUAGUUCAAGAUCAUUUGCUGAAAAAUCUCAGAUAUUUGAAUUUUCUAAACUUAUAUUGUAACUUUUAUUAUCUUUUAAAAGAUCAUUCUGUACAAAACUAGUUCAUUGUAUUCAUGUUGUGUUUAUCAUAAUUCAAAAUUAUGUAUGUGACUUACAGAAUUGUAUAACCAUAAUUUAUGUUUGUUUCAAAUAUCUAAGCUUAUUGCUUAGAUUUCUAGUUAGAUCUAUUGAAUUUGGUGAUGUCCCAUGUUUAUAGGGUUUUUUUCAUUUGUUUUCAUUUAAAAAGUUAGAUUAUUUAUGCUGUAGGUGAUGUUCUUUUUGAAUAAACCUGUAAUAGAGAAUAGCAGACAACUUAAACAUCUAAAUAAAUACCGAACCUAAAACAUUUGCUGCCCAGUGAUAAGAUCACUGGUAGAAUUAUUUAAAUACAUCACAUUUUUAAAAAUAAUAUACGUUUUUAAUUUUUACUGUGUUUAUAGCCACAUGAUGAAAUGAGUGAAGUAUUCAAAGAGUUACUUAUAUUGUGUUCAUUAAUGUGUUCUUUGUUCCUGAGUAAAAAUUAUAAAAGAAAUAAAUCACAUUUUGGGGAAGUUUA